CACCCCACCUCCUGUCCCGACUCGGGCGGAGCUCUCGCAUGCAUCUCCCGUUUUCUGGAGGAUGGCGAGAAGGUGUCCUCGGCCAGUCUGUCCUUCUGUUGCUCUUUUGUAUGUGUGUGUAUGUGUUCUGGUCUUGCUAUCAACUUGUGCGACCGGCCUUGACAAUACCCCGUUUCAUUUGUCCUUGUAGCAACAAUUAGAAUAAAAAAUACAGUGGUGCCACGUAUUCCCGCUUUCUUCGUUUUCAGGCCGAGUCGCCGUUUUCUUGCGCAACAUGAAAGUAGACGAUUCAUAUGUCCGGCAUAUAAAGGAAGGCGUCACUUGUGUAAUAAUUCAAUUUGCAGCAAGUGAUGGAGGCUGUGUGUGUGUGCGCGCCUGAGCGCGUCAUUGAGACUUGGCUCCGGUGUUAAAGAGGCGAGCUCAUCUCGACCAAGUGGGGGGAACGAGGAAGUGCUUCUGUGGCCAGACGAGCAUUUACUUCCUGGAAGCUUUUCAGGAUGGAGACCGAGGUUGCCUGCCAAUUCUCCUCCACUUCCACCCCCCCCCCACCACCCCUCCGCCCCCAAUUCAACUUGGUACCAUGCAGACGUCGUGUUGGACGACGGCAGAUGUCUCCUGACGAUCCAUCCGAAAAAGAGGAAGAGGAGAAAGAUAGUGACACUUGAUGAGAAGAAGAAGGGGAUCGUCACAUCAACAACCGAGAGUGUCGAUGAGUGCAGGAGGGUCCCCAGGGACCCGCCGAGCACGUGGUCCGCACUGCCAUGAGACGUCAGCGGCAGAUGGCACCAUCGCCGCCAUGCAUACCGGCUGCUGGCACCAGUGGCAGACAGUCCUGCAAGAAGACGACGACGAGGAGGAGGAGGAGGAGCAGAGGAGGAGAGUGUGGAGGGCUCAGUGUGCUCUUGUCAUUAUUGUUGUCAUCUUUUUAGGGGGUGCGGGAGCGAGAGGUUUGGGAGCAUGAAGGCUGCGCGUUGACCCCCCCUCCCUGCAUGCGGGAACUAUGUUGACUCUGCCAUUCGACGACGCGCACGCGAUGUGUGAGCCCCGCUUCGGCGCCGGUUACCCACGCGGAGGUGCCUCCGAGGACCGAGCCUCCCCUCGCCCUCCCCACCACCUCCACGAUGACGACGACGAGGACGACGACGAGCCUUGCAGGUCCGCCGGGGACGACGCCGCCUCCUCGGACAGGGACUACGAGCAGGACGACGGUGGCCUCCUGCUGCACAAGAAGCGCGGGCCCCGGAAGAAGAAGGCCACGAAGGAGCCCCACGACCGCUCCAGGAUGCGGCGUCAGGAGGCCAACGCCCGGGAGAGGAGCCGCAUGCACGGCCUCAACGCAGCCUUGGAGAGCCUCCGCAAAGUGGUGCCUUGCUACUCCAAAACGCAAAAGCUCUCCAAAAUCGAGACCCUGCGCCUGGCCAAGAACUACAUCUGGGCUUUGUCCGAGACCCUCAGCGCCGGCAAGAGACCCGACCUGCUGGCCUUUGUGCAGACCCUCUGCAAAGGAUUAUCGCAGCCCACCACCAACCUGGUGGCGGGCUGUCUGCAGCUCAACGCCCGGAACUUCCUCACCGACCACAACGGGGAGGUGGUGUUCUCCGGGCGGCCUCCGUACGACCCGCUGUAUUCGUCGUCCGCCUACCCGGGCUCCGAGGCGUUUCCAAUAAUUAGAUGUGGCUGCGGCCCGUCGGACCCGGCCAAGCCGUUCCGCCACUACGGCUAUUCGGGCGCCUACGAGCCGUCCUACGCGUCCCCGGAGGCCGGCAGCCCGCACUUUGAGAGCCAGCUGAGUCCGCCCGUCAACCUCAACGGCAUUUUCGCCUUCAAGCAAGACGAGCCGCCGGACUACGGCAGGGGGGGACACCACUACGGGGUGCGCUACUGCAGCGCAACUGGACGCGCGGCCCUGGCGCACGGCUCCAUGUAUCGGGUGGCCCCGGAGGGCCGCUACCCGUACGACCUGCACGUCCGCGGCCAGUCCUUCCAAGCGCAGGGGGAUCUCAACGCCUCCUACCACAAUUAACAUGCACAAACUCUCAUUUUUACAUCCACAAACAAAAAUGCUUCUUCUCAUUCCCCUCAGAUAAACUCCGUCAAAAGUCUGCGCUUGGACGCCGAUGCGCAACAAACUCCAGGCACAAGUCAGUUAAAAAAAAAAAAAAAAGAACGGCCCAAACCAGACCGUCAUUCGGCGACGAGGCUUAUUUGUAUGGAUUUAAAUGUCAUUUGGGGGGCAUCGGAUUUUGAUGUAUUUGGAUCGAGCAAUAAAAUGGCAAAGAAGCUAUGCAACGCAAUCGGUCAAAAUGACAUCACAACGGUCAAAGCAUUUCAUCGAAUUUGUUCCCAUGGGAGUAUACAGAACAAUUCAAAAUAUGAGUGUGGAGUAAAUUGUGUUUUAAUCGGGUGAAUGUAAAUUAUUAUUAUUUAUUCGAACAUAUUUAUUGACAGCCAUGGAUAAGAGGGUCUAUGAUAGAAUUAUUGUACAUUUCAAAACAGCGUUAUGUGAAAGAUUUUGUUAUGUUGUCAUUUAUUGGCUUGAGAGGGGGGUUAUUAUAAUUAUUAUUAUUCUUGUCAUGUGUCACAUGCCUUAAAAAGGGACCACCAUUAAUAUGCAAUGCACAUGUUUUAUUUUUGGGGGGGGGGGGGGUUGAACUUUUUACGCACUAUGUCAAAAACAAAUUUUUUUGGGGGGUUGGCUAAAUUGUGCCAACUCGUUAUGGAUCGAAAUCUUCGUCAUGUUCGUGUUCUGUGAUGAGCUUGUGUCAUUGAUCACAGUUGAAUUAAUAAAUGAAUUAUAGAAGGGAAA